UUGGAAAUUCAUGAGUGUGUAGUAUGUCCCUUGAAUCCAAGCAAAAGCUCUGAAGAAUAAACAAAAGUUCAAAAAAAUAUCUUAAGAAAUUAACAUAAAAAAACAAUUUAAUUACACAACUUAGAUCCCUUCAAUCUAUUAUAGUAACUUGUUAUUAACUUGUUCUACCAAAACAAAAACGCUUCAUCAUGAGCUCUGACAACAAAACAAAUGAUGAUUCCGACCGUUCGUUUUGGCAAAGCUCGACUUCUUACGAUGCCAGCAGCAAGAUCAUGCUCGUCACCACCGUUUCCUUCUCAGUUAUUAUCCUCAUCGUCUUCGUUUAUUAUCUCUACGCAAAAUUCGUUCUUCGCCGCCGUAGAUCCACCUUCCAAGACCUCUCGUUCUCCGUCGUUUCUCAUCCGCCCAAACGUGGCCUCGACACUCUAGUCAUCGCUUCUCUCCCAACGUUCGUGGUUGGAGUCAAGAAUGAAGUGGCGGGUACGGAAUGUGCGGUUUGUCUAAGCUUGUUGGAGGAGAAAGAUAAUGCGAGGAUGUUACCGAACUGCAAACACGUGUUCCACGUGACUUGCGUUGACACGUGGCUCACCACGCAGUCCACUUGUCCCGUUUGUCGAACUGAAGCCGAGCCAAGUCCAAGGCUUGAGCCUGAGCCUAGGGAAGGGCCAGUUGGCGACGUUGCACCGCCGUUAGAUUUCGUGGGGGUAGAUAACAAAACCGGUGGGUCAUCGGUUUUGAGGUUAGACUCGUUUCGAAGGAUUUUGACAAGGGAAAGAUCUUUGAACAGGCUCGAUCAUUCUCGCGUUGAACAAGAUCGAGAAUUGGAUAUAGAAAGACAGUGAAAUCAUAUAGUAUAUACACACAUACGCCGGUUUAAAAAUGUAUAAACACACAUGCAUCCAUAAUUAAUCCUUAAUUCAUGAACAAUAAUACGUACGUUUGUGUACUCAAAUCGUUUGUAUGUGUAAAUAUCAUGGCACAGUUUUUGUAUGUUACUGUAAUUUUUACAAAAACAUUGUUGCUUAACGUGUGAAAAGGGGAAAAGAAAA